AUGGCCUCUGAUUUGCUAUUCAAUGUCUCGAUAGUCAGUACUCCUGGGCAGCGCGCCCACCAAGCCAGCGUACUGGUUUGCGGCUCUCUUUCCAGUGACGAAGUUGGUGCUGCAGAAUCCCAUUCGACUCCCUCGUGGAUCGCAAUCACCGGUGGCUUCUUCCCGGACGAAGGUGACGCUAGUAAAGCUCAUAUUUUCGAAGAGUCAUUAGGUUCGGUAUCUGGGUCUCAGGUUGGCUCUUUGUCUGUCGACGACCAUUUAACUAGGGUAGCAUCGGACUGUACUGGUAUCGAGGUGCUUGGGCCGCCCAGUAUAGUUGGUGAUCUAAACUUGACAGCGAUGGAAAAAGAAAAUAAACACCGCUUGUUACGUUGGCGCGACAGCCGAGACAGAUUGAUCGAUAAGGCCCAAUGGAUCAUUCCUGCAUAUGGUUCGGCUUUCAGGGUGCAACCUGAGUUCUCGAAAACUCCAUGUAUCGAGCUCGCCUAA